AAACCCUAAAUCCUCUUCCAAAAUCUUUGAUAGUAGGAAGAGAGAAACAAAUGGCCAGUUCUCGCCACUCGCCGAACUCCCUCGCGUGAAUUCUCAGCAGCGGUGGAAGAUCGAAGCGGGGAGACAGAGAGUGGAGAAUACUCUUCCUCUUCGAGUCCGGAUGCUCAUCAAUUGGACAGGUUAAUUAUGGAUAUAAAUCUCCGGUUGCCUUCUGGAGUCCAUCAUAAAGAAGAAGAGGAGGAGGAAGAAGAGGAACUCGAUGAUGACAAUAACAAUAUGCUUGAUUCUGAGGAAAAAUUGAAUCUUUUGGAUGGUGGUGUAAUUGGGGAUGAUAUAAAUGGGGGCAACCCUAAUUCAUUGGAAGAAGAAGAAGAGAUGAUUCCACUCCAAGAGGAUGCAUCUUUGGAGCCUCUAGCUGGUAUGGAAUUUGAAUCACAUAGAGAGGCUUAUGCUUUUUACCAAGAAUACUCUAGGUCUAUGGGAUUCAAUACUGCAAUACAGAACAGUCGUCGUUCCAAGACUUCAAAGGAGUUCAUUGAUGCUAAAUAUGCAUGUUCUAGAUAUGGCACCAAACGUGAAUACGAGAAAUCUUUGAAUAGGCAAAGAAACAGACAGGGAGGAAAUAAGGAUGAUGGGGAAAGCUCAACUGGACGAAGAACGUGUUCGAAGACAGAUUGUAAGGCUUGUAUGCAUGUAAAGCGUAGACAAGAUGGGAAAUGGAUUAUACAUAGAUUUGAGAAGGAACAUAAUCACGAACUCUUGCCAGCCCAAGCUGUAAGUGAACAAACCAGAAAAAUCUAUGCAGCUAUGGCAAGGCAGUUCAUUGAGUACAAAAACGUAGUUGGUCUCAAGAACGAUUCCAAAACUCCAUAUGAAAGAGGCCGAGGCUUCUCUUUAGAGACCGGAGAACCAAAGAUAUUGUUCGAAUUCUUCGCGCAGAUGCAGAGCUUAAACUCAAACUUCUUUUACGCAAUAGACAUAACAGAAGAUCAACAUCUGCGGAAUCUCUUCUUUGUUGAUGCAAAAAGCAGACAUGAUUAUAUCAAUUUUAGGGAUGUUGUGUCUUUUGACACUACUUACGUUAAAAACAAGUAUAAAAUGCCUCUCGUUUUAUUCAUCAGCGUCAAUCAACACUAUCAGCCCGUCCUUCUAGGAUGUGCAUUGAUAACCGACGAAUCUGAAACUACACUCACUUGGGUAAUGCAGGCAUGGUUAAAAGCGAUGGGCGGACGAGCUCCUAAAGUAAUCUUAACCGACCAAGAUAAAACCCUAAAAUCGGUUGUUUCAACCGUCUUUCCAACCACUCGUCAUUGCUACUCCUUGUGGAACGUAUUCGGAAAACUAUUCGAAAGCCUCUGUCAAUUGACUAAACAGAACACAGAUUUCAUUCAGAAGUUGGAAAACUGUGUUUACAUGUCGUGGACGCACGAAGAAUUCGAUAGGAGGUGGCAGGAUUUGGUGAGCAGAUUCGAACUCGAGGAAAACGAAUCGAUGGAGAUUCUAUUCGAAGAUCGUCUCCAUUGGGCGCCAACAUACAUGAAGGACGUCUUUUUAGCUGGACUAUCUACCUCUCAGAGAUCUGAGAGCAUCAAUUCUUUCUUCGACAAAUACAUUCAUAAGAAGACAACUGUUCAAGAGUUUCUCAAUCAGUACGAAACGAUUCUUCAAGAUCGAUACGACGAGGAGAUGAAAGCCGAUUCAGAGACAUGGAACAGACCUCCCGCUUUCAAAUCUCCAUCCCCUUUCGAGAAACAGGUGUCGGGGAUUUACACGAGCGCGAUUUUCAGAAAAUUCCAAACCGAGGUUUUGGGUGCUGUGGCUUGUGUUCCUAAAAUCGAAAGAGAAGACGGAACAACUACACUUUACAGAGUUAAUGAUUUCGACAAGACUCAAGAGUUUAUCGUUACAUGGAAUAAAUUGAAAUCUGAGGUGUUUUGUUUAUGCCGUUCCUUUGAGUUCAAAGGAUUUCUAUGUCGUCAUGCACUGAUCGUUCUCCAAAUCUGCGUUGGCAUGCCGGAGAUUCCAUCCAAGUAUUUACUGAAUAGAUGGAUGAAGGAGGCUAAGAGUAAACGAGAGGUAACUGUUGUUACUGAAGAAGCGCAAUCGAGGCUGCAAAGAUAUAAUGAAAUAUGCCAAAGAGCGAUGAAAUUAGGGGAAGAAGGAUCUUUAUCUCAAGAUAGUUACAAUUUUGCCAUCCGUGCACUCGAAGAUGCUUUUGGGAAGUGUGUUACCAUUAAUAACUGUGAUAAGAACGUAGUGGAGACGACAUCAGUUACACCCACAGCCUCUAAUGGUCUUAUCGGCAUGGAAGUUGAGAAUCAGAAUAAUAGAAAUAUGAGCAAAACAAACAAAAAGAAAAACCCCGCCAAGAAAAAGAAGGUGAGUUCUGAUGCAGAAAUGAUGACGGUUGGAGCACAAGACAGCUUACAAACAAUGGAUAAAAUGAACUCAAGACCAGUCACCCUUGAGGGUUAUUUUGGAUCACAACAGAGCAUGCAAGGAAUGGUACAGCUAAACUUGAUGGCCCCCACUCGCGAAAACUACUACGGAAAUCAACAGACUAUGCAAGGGCUGGGGCAACUAAACUCCAUAGCACCAAGUCAUGAAAGCUAUUUCACUACUCAGCCGAUACACGGCCUGCAGGGUCAGAUGGACUUCUUCCGAGGACCGACAGGUUUCCCAUAUAGCAUUCGGGAGGAACCACCCAGUACCAGACCUACACAAAUGCACAAUGAAUCAUCAAGACAUGCUUAAGGGACCGAACAUUUUGUUAUAUAUGAUGAUAAUUUCCAGUUAAGAACAUAUUUAUUCAACUCUGAAGCUCAUGUGGAUACUAAAAAAGCAUAUUCCUGUAAUCUGUCUUAAAUUAAGGUAAGGUAGGCAAGGAAAAAACAUAUUUUGCCAUUAAUUAGCAUUUAGCAUUGAUUGGUUAAGUAAAGGUUUCUGUAAUCAUAUAUUUGUGUUUUAGUUAUGAAGAAAAAAGAAGUAUGUCAUGAAUUAUUGCAUAUAA